CAGAGCGUGACGCUGCAGCCGUCGCAUUAGUGCUUCAGGCGCGUGCCAAAUAGCACCUGCUCAGAUAUGAAGAGGUUUCUGCAGAAGCUACGUGAGAAAAUAUUGUCAAAAGAUCUCCCACCCCCUUACAGUGUGAAUGACGAGGGAUUACAAAAUGACGAACAACAAAACGAGGUUCCAUCCACCCCGACCCCAGUACACGAAGUGAUAGAUCUAUUAGCAAAUUGCAACAUCACCAAUACAAGUAGCAAUUUUUCUGAAGCGGAGUACGCUGAAAUUGGUGAUAUGGGUCUAUGGCACUCCACGCCGCUUCCACACAGGCACAAAUCAAAAAUAUCUCUCACGUGGGUGCUAAAAGAGAAUAUAGAUAAGAAAAUCCAUAGCGAAAAGUCUAUAUACACAGAGGAAAAAGAUAGAAAAAGUAGAGAGAGACUGAAAAAUGAUUGGACGAAUCGCAGAUUCAAGAGUGCAUGUGAUGAAUUCAAUGGACUAUAUUCAUGUUCAGAUUCCAGUGAUGAAACAGAAUAUGUAAGGAAGAAACAUAGACACAGACACAGGAGAAAGAAGAAACACCCCAAGUUUGGGUACGAUAUAAAAGAUUUGGACAGCUUUUUAAGUGAGGCAACAUUAGAACGUCCAGGGAACAUACCAGUGGUGAUCGCGUUCCCUACCACCUUAUACCAAACCCAGAAAAAUCUUCAACGAGAGUUGUCGUUGCCUUUGGGGACGGUGGUCAACGCAGUCUUUAAAAACCAACAGUGGUUGUAUACGCAAACGCCACACGGCGAUGAAGGCUACGUGUUAUAUACCGCCUGUCUUCCCUUGGGUAUAUUACCCUCAAGGAGCUCCCUUCAAAAGAAAACUCCAUGUUGGGAGAGCAGCACUGACUUGUACCCUCAGCCAUGCGGGAAUCUCACAGACACAGAGAAAGAGCAAAUACGUGGCAGAACUCGUUCAGAAUGUAACUACAAACGCAGGCGAUAUAGAAGCUCCUGCGCAGAAAAAGACUUUGAUACUUUAUACCUAAAAACAAAAUCUGUGUCCGAUAUAAGAAUCGAUAAAGAUUUUACAAGACAAAUGUUAUUAGUUGUAAACAGUGAUUACGUUGGAUGCGUAUUGAAUAAAACGUUGACUGUGUGUAAGGGUGAUGUGGUUACGUUGGUUCCGGGAUUGGGUGAAAGUGAUGUGGACUCAGAGUGGUUUUAUGUUAGAAAAAGCGAUGGAAGUGAAGGGUUUAUUCCUGCUGCCUUAACUGGAAACGGAUUUAUAUAAAACAAGGUGGCAUGGCGUAUAUCGUUCCUCCAAACAUUUAAUGAAUUAAGUGAUAUCUUUUAGCUAAAUUAAAAAAAUAUCUAUAAAGUUAUUCUUGUCUUUGACUAUGGGAAAAGUCUUUAGUUCCCUAUAUUUUUAUAUAAAGUUUUUUUUAAGUCAGUUUUUGUUACAUAAUUUCAUAAAAAAUCGGAGUUUUAAAAGUCGUAACUAGCCCGACUUUGUUUUAUCUAGAUAGAUUUACGAACAAAUAGUUUACAGUGGACAGUAGACCAGGAGAAAAUGUACUAUUUAUAAAUAGUCCUUUUACCAUGGACCCGAUAAAACAAUUACAUAUAAAGCUUUCCUGCAAAAAUCUGUAGGUACUUUGUAAAGUACAAAAACUAAAUCGCCGCUUCAAUUACCUGUUUUAAUUUAUGACACUUAUAAUACAUAAGUAUUUAAAUGUGCAUAUUCUAUGAAGUAUAAUUAUUAGAAGUAUAGUUAAUCUAUGACAUAAAACCGUUUAAAAAAUGAAUAAUUCUUCUAUUUUGUUAAAUAAAUGCGUUUUAUUUGAAUAGUUGUCUAUUUUUGGGUUCGGUUUCACGUCAACAAACCUUACAGACUUGUAAUACUACUCUG